GCACAAAAAUAUGUUCAUGUAAUGAUCUGCCUCGCAAUUAUUGGACAUGUGGAGCGUAGCUAACUCUUAACUCGCUUUACAGCGGUUCGGUUUUGCUUCGCUCCCUUAGCCUGACUCAAAGGCUGACAAGUUCCUUAGCUUUUGGCUAAUUUAGCAAGAUAGUUAAUCUAUUAAAUUAGGGAAUCAAAUCUUGAAUUUGACAGUACAUGGUAUAUAUUAUAUGUGGGGUUAUUUGGCAUUUAGCGAAUAUGCAAGCUAGCUGACUUAAUGCUAAUGUUUUUGAGAAAGACUUGUCUUGAUUGUAAAGUAUCGUUAGCUGGCUAACGUAUCUUGGCAAAGUAACUGUUAACAAAGUUAGCUGACUGCAAGAGAUCUCUUUCGGUUUUCAUCUCGUCUCGUGUCGGAAACUCCAAAAAACUCAAAUCAAGAUUAUCGCUCGUUUUCAGUUCAUGUUUGCACGCUACUUUGGUGGUCUGACAUUUUGCAGUCAGAUUCCAACGCGACAGAAAUCCCCGGUGUAUUUUGGCCAGAUUUGGUUACCACUGAACAGCGCACUGCGGAUCCUGUACUAAGGACAAGAGACAUGUACGACAGCCUCUGGUAAAUUCUGGAAGGCGUAUCCUAGACAGAGAGAGAGGAAGCAGCGUCUGUUAAGGCUCUGGUUACUGAGUGCAGGAGGAAGGCUCUCUAAACCUCUGUCCCUCAGAAGAGUUCUGUUUCGAGAACUUCUGCGUUAUUGGUGCGAUUCCACAAGCCCUAACCAGGCCCAGUCCCCGGCCCCCGGCUCUCUCUGCAGUGACAGGCCUGCUGACAGGUUCUGCUUUUGGGCACAUGGGGGCCCCCUGUACCCAGACGGGGUCCUGCUGAUCCGUGGGGGUGCACCGCUUGUACCCGGAGCCUGGCCCAGAGGUGCUUAAAGAGAGGACAUGUCGUGCUACGAGGUGGAGAAGGACGGUGCGGAGGGGGCCUGCUGUGGGGCGGAGCUCUCGGGCUGUGCCGCGGCCAUGGAGAAGGACUCGGGCCUCAGCUUCACCGAGAGCGAGCACACCCUGACGUCCUCCAGCCUGGCGGGGGGGGCGCAGCCGGACCUGCAGGGCUACGACGUGGACUUCGACCCCCCCUUGGAGAGCAAGUACGAGUGCCCCAUCUGCCUGAUGGCGCUGCGGGCCGCCGUCCAGACGCCGUGUGGCCACCGCUUCUGCCGCGGCUGCAUCGAGAAGUCCAUCCGGGACGCGGGACAGAAGUGCCCCGUGGAUAACGAGGUGCUGACGAUGGAGCAGCUCUUUCCAGACAACUUUGCCAAGCGCGAGAUCCUGUCGCUGACCGUGUGCUGCCCCAAUACCGGCUGCGGCCACAAGAUGGAGCUCCGCAACCUGGAGAACCACGUGGGGCAGUGCCAGUUUGCCACGCUGCCCUGCCCGCUGUGCCAGGUGUCGGUGUGGAAGAACAUGCUGGACGAGCACAAGGCCCACGAGUGCUCCCGGCGCACCGUGUCCUGUCCCGACUGCAUGCAGACCUUCUACUUCGAGGAGAGCCAGGUGCACGAGCAGAUGUGUCCGCUGGCGAACGUGGUGUGUGAGUACUGCAGCAUGGAGAUGAUCCGAGAUCAGCUGGCCUCUCACUGCGACACAGACUGCCUGAAAGCCCCAGUGGCCUGCACCUUCAGCUUCUUCGGCUGUCAGGAGAGGAUGCAGCGUAAUGACCUGGCGCAGCACAUGCAGGAGUUCACGCAGAUGCACAUGCGCAACCUGGCAGAGUUCCUGCGCAGCCGGAGCCUGCUGGAGGCGGGGCCUGCGGCGGCGGGGGUGGGGGUGGGGCUUGCGGCGGCGGCGGGGGCGGGGUCAGCGGCCGCGGCCGCGGCGGCGUCCUGCGGGGCGUCCUGCGGCUGCCGCCCCGAAAUGCAGCACAUGCGGGAGACGGUGCAGCAGCUGGAGGCGCGGCUGGUGCGGCAGGACCACCAGCUGCGGGAGCUGCGCAUCCACAGCGAAACGCAGGCGGCGCAGCUGGGCGAGCUGCGCAGGCAGACGCGCGCGCUGGAGGACGCCGCCCGCGAGCUGGAGGCCCAGCAGUGCCAGGGCGUGUUCGUGUGGCGGGUGGAGGGCUUCUCCACCCACCUCCGCAGCCAGGAGGCCGGCCAGCCCGUGGUCAUCCACAGCCCCGGCUUCUACACGGGACGUCCCGGCUACAAGCUGUGCCUGCGGCUGCACCUGCAGACCCCCACCGCGCCCCGCUGCUCCAACUACAUCUCGCUGUUCGUGCACACCAUGCAGGGCGAGUUCGACAGCCAGCUGUCCUGGCCCUUCCAGGGCACCAUCCGGCUGGCCAUCCUGGACCAGGCGGACGGGCAGCCCCACGUGGAGGUGAUGGAGACCAAGCCCGACCUGCUGGCGUUCCAGCGGCCCACGUCCCCGCGCAACCCCAAGGGCUUCGGCUACGUGACCUUCCUGCACCUGCAGGCCCUGCAGCAGGGGCACUUUGUGCGGGACGACACCCUGCUGGUGCGCUGCGAGGUCACGCCCCGCUUCGACGGCCAGCGGCGGGACAGCUUCCAGCCGCGCGGCUCGGAGGGCUCGCUGUGACCCGCCCAAAAACCGGCCCGUCCCGCCCCCCCUCUGACCGGCCUCCGGGCAGAAAUCGGCCUCGCGAAGCAAAGAGAGGCUGAGACGCCGGAUCGCUGUCGCUGCAGGGAUUAACUCCACACCCGCGUCUGACACGCCCCCCCCCCCCCCCCCCCCCACCAUCACUGAGGAGGCCAGAGCAAGGCAUGCUGGGAUACCACCCAAAGCUGUGUGGCACCAAGACAGUUAAAUCUGAGAACCAGACAGACUGCCGUUGGGAGGAAUUCGAACACAUAUGCCUAAUCCCAAUCUUCACUGCUGUUCCAAAGACAUAAUGAAGGUAAUCCAGAUUAAAGUCCUUCAUGAGGUCAUGUUGGCUCGCAAUCAAUCACCGGUACCUGCCAGGCACAUCUUCAUCUUCAUCAUCAUCCUCAUUCCUGACUCAAGCUACUGUGAAGCACGUUCCUGAAUUACAGACUGUUUUUUUUUUACAUUUUUUCUUUUCUCUAGCGGUACAGAUAUUAAAGGACAGUCAGUUCUUUCUUGCUGCACUUUUAAUUGAACUAAUCUGCUCACAUAAUACAAAUAAAUGUAUCCAUUGAUUGUUACAGAUACUGGUUUUGAGGAGGCGGUAGAAUUCAUGUGCUGUUCUGUUGCCGUUCUCAAAGCCGGCACAGGUUAGUGUUUCUAACAGAGGCCAACAUGGAAGUGUUCUCACUUAUAUUUCUGAUUCUGUGGUUGUCGUCGUCGUCGCUGUGGGGGAGCUAUAGCAACCACAGCCUUAUGAUGGGAACACUAAAGAGAGAAGGUGCUAACGCCAGGCGCCGCCCCCUCCCCAGCUAGCCUCUAAUGGAUCGCCACCGGCUCUAAAUCCCAUUAGCAGGUGGUUAGCGGGGUUAGCGUCGUUAGCGUCCUCCGCGGAGAGCUGGUUUAGGGGGAGGGCUGGUUUAGGGGGAGGACCUGGCCGGCCGCGGGAUCAGGGUCAGAAUCGGGUUCCCCAAAGCUGCUUAUGUGCUCCAAGAACCACGAAUAGAUCAAAGGCUGGUCACUGUCCGAGCGGCGGAGGCUUUAAACACG